AUGACGGCAGGCUUGCCAGCAGACCUAACAGGUCGAGUGGUCAUUGUCACAGGGGGCGCCACUGGUAUAGGGAAAGAAGUGACCAUUGCGCUAGCCAGCAGGAAAGCCACUGUUGUAAUUGCAUCAAAGGAUAUUGACAUGAUGGAGCAGACUGUGGCAUGUAUCAAUCAGCAGAAUCCAGAGGCAAGAGUGGAGUACAUGGUGUUAAACUUGGCUUCAUUUGGAUCCAUCCAAGGCUUUGUGAAAAAGUUUACCAACAGCUAUAGCCAGCUGGACAUACUGAUAAACAAUGCUGGUGUGAUGUUGACACCCUACAGCUUGACAGAAGAGGGUUAUGAACAACACAUGGGAGUGAACUACCUUGGCCACGGCCUUCUGACAUUCCUAUUAUUAGAUACCCUACAAAAAUCUGGUUCACCUGCGACCUGUGCCCGUAUCAUCAAUGUUACCUCAUCAACUCACCUGGUGGCUGACACCUACAUACACACCUGGUUUGAUAGUAAACCCUACAGCUUCAGCUCCCAUGAAGCAUAUGCAAAUUCUAAGCUAGCCAUUCUCAUGUCC